CUUCAUUGAUCGCACACCCGAUUCCAGUGAACAGAACAGACCGUUUCACACAAUGUCUACCUCUGAGUCCCAAGACAUAGAAGAGGCUACUGCUACCAUCGCUCCUGGCCAGCCAGAUCAAAAGACGCGUCGUUACGAUCGCCAGCUUCGUAUCUGGGCUGCUUCGGGACAAGCAGCCCUCGAGGCGUCCCGCAUCCUCGUCCUUUCCUCCUCUGCUACAUCUACUUCUAUCCUCAAGAAUCUCGUUCUCCCAGGGAUCGGUCACUUCUCGAUUCUAGACUCUACCCUUACAACUCCAGCAGAUGCUGGCAACAACUUCUUCCUCAACGCUAGCCAGAGCAUCGGCAAGCCUCGGGCCCAAGAGGCCGUGCCCCUCCUCCGCGAACUGAACGAGAGCGUCCAGGGAGAGGCCGUCAUACAGGAUGUUAAGGAGCUUCUUAGCACAGACCAGGGAAAGGAUUGGCUACGAUCCUUCUCCAUCAUCAUCGCCCAUAAUUUGAAUAACGACGUCCUCGCUCCACUCUCCACUCUUCUCUGGGCCAAUCCCAACGGCCCUCCUCUCAUCUCCGUCCGGUCUGCUGGUUUCCUUGCCGAGUUCCACAUUCAAUACCACGAACACAGCGUGUCUCAAUCGCACUCGGAGAAUGCCCCCUCGCUCCGCAUUACUCGCCCUUUCCCUGCUUUGCUCGAAUGGGCUCGUAGCCUUGAUCUCCAGAACAUGGACCCUACUGACCAUUCUCACAUUCCAAUGGUUGUCAUCCUGGUCCGUGCCCUGGAUGAGUGGUGGAAGAGCCAUGAUGGGAGCCUUCCUAAGACUGCAGCAGAGAAGAAAGAGUUCAAGAACAGCAUACUGGCCAUGAAGAUCAAACUCGACGAAGAGAACUUCGAAGAAGCCGAGGCGCAAGCGUGGCGCGUUUGGUCCGAACCCGCUGUCCCUUCAGAUAUACAAGCACUGUUCUCCUUACCUCCUCUACCCACAUCGCCUCAACACAACUCCACCUUCCAUGCAUUGCUUCAAUCUCUUUCUGCCUUUGUUUCGGACCCGUCGGGACCCGGCACUUUGCCAAUCAGCGCGACUUUGCCCGACAUGAAGUCUGAUACAAAGAACUACGUGCGACUGCAAAACCUGUACCGCGCACACGCGGAAGUAGAAAAGACGAAGUUCAAGGAAAUUUUUGCCGCGAAGUACCCCGAGAUCGCGAAGACCACCAAUCCGGAUGAGGUCGACAGCUUUGUCAAGAACGCGCACCACAUCCGUGUCUUGCGAGGGAAGCAAUGGGGUGCUUUGGACAGAGAUCGCGAAGCGAUUGUCAAUUCUUUGACGAGUCAGCCCCGCGAAACUGCGACACACCUCGCACUCUCUGCCUUGUCGAACCUGCUGUCCCGAAACGCCGAAGUCACAAUCGACGCCCUGAACGCCGAAGUGCUAGCCACCGUUGGUCAGGAUGUCGAUCUACCCGAAGAGCUCGAGGCUGCCGUUGGCGAGAUCGCUCGUGCACCCACAGCUGACCUACCCAACACGGCCGCUUUCCUGGGCGGACUCGUGGCGCAAGAAGCUAUCAAGGUGAUCACUGAACAAUAUGUCCCACUCAACGGUUACUGCGUCGUCGACCUGAUCGACUCCUGGACUGGCGUCAUCAACUAAACAUAGAAAGCACUUAUCCUUUGUAUCAUAGAUAUUGUCUCUAUCCCCUGUUGC